GGACCGCGUCCUGCUCAACUCAGCCAGGCCAGCCAGCCUUCUGCCAUGCUCGUGGUCGGGCUUACUGGCGGCAUCGCUACGGGCAAGUCUACAGUCUCGUCCUUACUCAAAUCUCAGUAUGUACCCGUUAUCGACGCGGACGUGAUCGCACGCGAGGUCGUGCAGCCUGGCAGACGAGCUCACCGGGAGAUAGUGGAAUACUUCGGAGAGGAUAUACUGCUUCCGAAUGGUGGCCUUGAUCGCCCUAAGCUGGGGGCGGCCAUCUUCGGAGACGAAGGGAAAAGGAAGAAACUAAAUUCCAUCGUGCACCCCGCCGUGCGCAGGGAGAUGGCAUGGCAGGUCGCCAAAGCCUGGGUGCGCGGUCACAGGUACUGCGUCAUCGAUGUACCCCUUCUGAUUGAGACGGGCUUGAACAACUGGGUAGGACUGGUCGUCGUCGUGAGCUGCCCUGAGGCUACCCAAUUGCAACGACUUGUUGGACGGGACAACCUCUCCGAAGAAGCAGCGACUGCGCGGUUCAAAUCGCAGAUGCCAAUCGCUGCGAAGGCAAGAUACGCGGACAUCGUCAUUGACAAUUCCGGCACAUUCACUGACCUCAAGGGUCGGGUUAACAAGCUCGUUCAACAAUUGGAAUCAAAGACGCGAUGGACAUGGCUGUUGGAGUGGAUUAUACCGCCAAUCGGAAUUGUAUCUGGAGUGUUGACGUUGAUAGUACGACGGUUCAGUAGAAUGAGCGAGCAUCGGAAGCAGAAAUGACAUUGAAUAAAAACUUUGCAUUCUUGGAUUGUCUCCCUCGUGUUUCUUUUCUUCGGGAUCGGAAGAAGUGAAUAUAG